AUGACUUCUGAAUUAAACGUUCCAGUGGAUCCUUCCACUCCUGCUUGCUGCUCUGAACCUGGCACCAAAGGCAUGGAUUACCGGGACUGGGUCCGGCGCAGCUACCUGGAACUGGUCACAUCAAACCACCACUCAGUCCAGGCCCUGUCCUGGAGGAAAUUGUACCUGAGCCGAGCCAAACUGAAAGCUUCCAGCAGGACUUCUGCUCUGCUCUCUGGAUUUGCCAUGGUUGCCAUGGUGGAGGUGCAGCUGGAGGUGCAGUACAAGUACCCCCAGAUGCUGCUGAUCGCGUUCAGCGCCUGCACGACGGUGCUGGUGGCAGUUCAUCUCUUUGCCCUCCUCAUCAGCACCUGCAUCCUGCCCAACGUGGAAGCAGUGAGCAACAUCCACAACCUGAACUCCAUCAGUGAGUCCCCCCACGAGCGCAUGCACCCCUACAUCGAGCUGGCCUGGGGCUUCUCCACCGUCCUGGGGAUCCUCCUUUUCCUUGCGGAAGUCGUGCUCCUCUGCUGGAUAAAAUUCCUCCCUGUGGGCUCCAUCCUGAAAAACGAGACCACCAAUGUGGAGAAGCCCAGUGGCCACGCGGGCUGGCAGUCAGCACUGGUCUCCACCAUCAUCAUGGUCCCAGUGGGGCUGAUUUUUGUCGUCUUCACCAUCCACUUCUACCGCUCCUUGGUGCGGCACAAAACGGAGCGGCACAACCGGGAGAUCGAGGAGCUCCACAAACUGAAAGUGCAGCUGGAUGGGCACGACAGAGGCAUGCAGGUGGUGUGA